UGUCUCCUUCUGGAAACCAUCUACAGUAUGUUGUUGUUUGUAAAGUUGUAACGAGACAGAAACCCUUCUAAUCCCUCAACAGUAGAGCAGAUCUUUAGAUAAGGAGCUUAGCUGGCAUACCAUGAGCUAACAGCAGCAUGAGGGGACCCCUUGUCAGUAUCCCCAUCCUACCUCGCACUGGGGACACAGAGGAGGAGACUACGCCUUUUACUCUGUUGCAUUUAUAUAUUAUUCCUCCUUAGAUAAAUAAGACUUGUACUCCUAGGUCAUGUUAAAUGGUGUGUGGCAUAUUUUACUAUUAUAACAUUUCUAUUUAUUUGGGCUGCUCUGUACAAGUAAAAUAUGGGUGAGCCAUUUAAAACAUUUUAAAAUAAAUGUAGAACAAUAAAACACAGCAGUCUACUACAGUGCCGAUUUCAAUUGCAAUGCAGACAUAUUGAAUUUUAAUUCCAUGUUUUAAGUUGUCUCAUGAAAUAGCAUUUCAUGUCCUUGUUUUGCAGCAUUCAGGAUGUUUCUAGACAAAUGUGAAGGAGACCUUUGUGACCUAAGAAGUGACAAUACACCAACCUCAUGCCCCCAAGAAGAGGAAGAUGAACUUCCAAAGAAAAAGCAUCGCAGAAACCGAACAACUUUCACCACUUACCAACUCCAUGAGUUAGAACGUGCAUUUGAGCGUUCCCACUACCCAGACGUAUACAGCCGGGAGGAGCUGGCCAUGAAAGUCAGCCUUCCAGAGGUUCGUGUACAGGUUUGGUUCCAAAACAGAAGGGCCAAAUGGAGGCGGCAAGAGAAGUUAGAGUCUUCCUCAGCAAAACUUCAUGACUCCCCACUUCUCUCAUUUUCACGGACACCUAUAACCACAAGCGUUGGCCCAUUAAGCUCUUCUUUGCCCUUGGAUCCAUGGCUCACUUCCCCCAUAUCUGCAGCAACAACUGUGCACAGCAUGCCAGGAUUUAUGGCUCCUUCCCAAAAUCUUCAAUCUCCAUAUGCUGGUCACACUUUCCUCAACAGUGCACCUCCAAUGUCCUCAAUACAGCCUCUCAGCAGUGGCCCUUACCAGUGCAUGGGCGGCUUUGUGGACAAGUUUCCCCUAGAAGACUUAGACCAAAGGAGCUCCAGCAUUGCUGCUCUUCGCAUGAAGGCAAAGGAACAUAUUCAGACCAUAGAUAAGACUUGGCAGCCAAUCUGAUCUAUGACCACACAUCUUUCCAACUGAAAUAGCAUAAACUGAGCAACAAUGAAGGCAUCCCAUCUCCUACAAAUGUAAAUGAUAAGAAACUAAAGAGUGACAGAGGACUGUUUAGCAAGAGGUGUCAUUGGUCUAAAAGUGUAGAAGGGAUUUUGGAGCUUCUGCAACAUUAAACUGGUACUGAUAAAUGGGACUAAGAAAUAUUCUGUCCUUUUUGUUGUUUUCCAGAAAUAUUUUUUCUAAAAUAAACUCAAAGUAUAAUGUUGUGCACCUUUUUUUUAUAUCUGCAGUGGUUAUCUACAUAUAUAUUUUAUACAAUUCUCUUCCUGGUUUAAAAAAAAAAAAAAAAAAGCAAUUAUAUUUCUUUGUAAAAUGUUGAUUACUGGGAACUAAUGCUAAUCUCAGCGAAUCAUUUGGCAUGCAUGAGUACACUACAGGCUGCAUUUACUCUGUCAUUAGUGAUUUUCACUGAAGUUUUUGCACGCCUGUACACCUCAGCUACAUUUCUUAAUGGUUCCAACUUGUCACAAAGCACCAGGCAACAUAUGACUUGGAGGGACAAUGCACCUACAUGCACACAUAGAACUCCAAGUUAAGCGUGUAAAUCAUAGCCUGUAACUAAAUCAAGACUCUAAACAAGGGUAGAUAAGUGACCCCUUCCCAUUCAGGUUUAACAAACUGGAAUUAAUUAG